CAAAAGUAAGAUGGCAGCCAUCAAGAACAAAUUGGAGAAUUGCGAGGUAUGCGACGUAGCUAAGGCGCGAUACACUUGCCCGAAAUGUGAGGUUAGAACAUGCUCUCUCACAUGCGUGAAUGUUCAUAAGAAGGAAUUAGAAUGUGAUGGGAUCCGGGAUCCAACCAAGUUUGUCCCUUUAGCGUCAUUUACCGAUUUAGAUUUACUAAGUGACUAUCGCUUUCUCGAGCAAGUUGGUAGAUCAAUUGAUACAAAGAAGAGAAAUCCAGAGAUAAAAUAUACUCGUCAAACUAUUUUACCAGUGCACCUACAUAAAUUGAGAUGCGCAGCGUCCCAUAGAAAAGUGUCACUGUUAUAUAUGCCACAAGUUUUCAGUCGGCACAAGCAGAAUACUACGUACCUUAAUUGGAAGACCAACGAGCUAUUCUGGCGUCUAGAAUGGAUUUUUCCACAAGCUGAAAAUAUAAAAUACACAAUAGACAGAACUCUAGAUAGUGUAAGAUUAUCAACGUUGGUGGAACAGGUUUUAGAUCCAGUCUCUGCAACAGAUGAGAUUGACAUCGAAAAAUUGAACACAAAAUUACUUUUAGCUGAUAAAUUACAGUUUUAUAGAGCAGCUGGGUUAACUAAUAUCAAAGUUCUUUUAAAAGCCGAGAAAAUAAAGAAGGCACAGUUCAGAUUUUAUGACCUGGAUGUUACGCUUACGUUGCAAGAAAAUUUGGAGAAUAAAACUAUAGUGGAGUUUCCGACAUUGCAUGUUGUUAUGAAAGAUCACUCGAAUAUGUACGAUAUUAUAGAUACUGAUGAAGAAAUGAAUGAUGCAGAAUGUACAAGUUAUGGAGCAAAAAAAAGAUACAAUAACAGGUCCGAUGAUAACAAAAAAAAUGAACCAGUAAACUAUUUCUUCAAUGAUUUUUCGGAUUCUGAUGAUGAGAAUACGGACAAUAAAGUAAAAAAGAAGAAAAAAUCGCUUAAUAUACCAAAUUAUGAAGAGUUAAUAAAAAUGUAA